CACUGUCUUCAUCUUCUUCUUCCUCUUCCAGCUCUACUGUUCCCUUCCCCUCUCUCUCCUCUCUCUACACAUAUGAGUGUAGAAGCAAGCUUUCCGCCUGCUGUACUGCAUGGAGACUCAAGAUCUUUCCCCUUCCCACGUGGACGCCUCUCGUCUCCUCGGCUUCCCUCUCGGCACCGCCCUUCUUCUCAUCAUCAUCUUCAGCCUCAGCGGCAUCUUCUCCUGCUGCUAUCACUGGGAUAAGCUCCGAUCCCUCCGUCAGUCCCUUUCUCACUCCGAUCCCCACGCCUCUCCCUCCAAACCCAACCUCCCCAUCGCCGAUUUGAAGCAAAACAGGGGAGAGAGCUUCUCGGUGCUGAUGCCUGGGGAUGAGGUUCCCAAGUUCAUUGCGACGCCGUGUCCGUGCGCGCCGUCGCGGCCGGAGAACAUUAUCGUGACCGUGGAGAAGCCGCCGCCCAAGCCGCCAUCGUCCGUGCCGGUGCCGGUGCCGGUGCCGUAUUACCAAAGUGUGAUUUAAUUCAUGCCCAACAAAUCGCCACGCGGAAUGGGCUAGAGAGAGAUCUGUUCUGUUAGCUGUGCAACUUGCUGUCGUUUCUCUCGCCCCCGGGGGGGGGGCUGGGUCGGCCGGUCGUGUUCCGCAAGAGAUAGGUGGCUGGUCAAUUUGUAGUUUUCAUGACCAAUUUUUCAUUUGAUUCAAUGCCUGUGCCCUGUACGUUGUAACUAUAUAAUCACCACACCCAUUUUUUUCCCUGAACUCCUGUAGAAAUCCAAUUUGGCUUUGUCCUUUGCUUUCAUCUUCCCCACAUGUUCAAACUUCAGUGAUUACCUGCGCUUCUUUUUGAAUUUUACCCAGAAGUGAAAAAGAGCAAAGCGUAAAUGAUCUCAGUUCUUGGUUUACAAAAAUCUAAAUGAAUUUGGAUCU